UACCAGAUGCUAUGAUAAGGGCAUAUGAACGUUAAAAAUUGUAAGUUCAAGCCAAAACAUUGGGGAAAAAAACCCAUAUAACAUACAAUAUUUCUCGCUUUCCUCCACUAUAUACCACAAUGCAAUGACUAUAAUUUCAUCAGAAUACUUGACAGUGUAUGGAAUUACAUUACAAUUUACAAUGCCUAUUUCAGUAGUAGUCAAGAGUAUAUCAGAGGUUUAAGUACAGGCCAAGUACGUUAUCUGGAAAUUCUGGAGAGGACACAGUCUUAUCUUUUAGAAUUGAUAACAUUGUAAACUCGCAAUGACUUUGUUCAACGGUUUUACGAUUCUCCUAAUACUGUCGUCUGUGGUUGUAACGGAAGCAGACGAUGAUGGAGCCUGGAAGCGGGAAAUGGAGCAGAAGAUGGAGGAGGUUCUGCGCGUUGUGCAGAGACAAGAAGACAUGAUUUUAAAGAGGGACCGCGUGAUUGACAUCCAGGGUCGAAACAUCGAGAAGCACAGUGAAGAAAUUGGAAAGCUAAAGGACAUGAUUUUAAAAAGGGACCGCGUGAUUGAACUCCAGAGCCAAAACAUAGAGAGGCACAAUGAAGAGAUUGGUAUGCUGAAGAGAAGUAUGAAGGAGAAGACACUACAACACAUAGUUCAGCACGCAGAAAGCAAGGUCGACAACGCAACACACAAAACAACCAAUGAACAACCUCAAGGCGGGAGUGAUUCCAAACGACUCCUUAUCCCUGUCAGUCAGGAUCAAGAUGCAGUUGCAUUUUACGCGUACAUGUCAAAAAACUUCGGACAUGUUGGGAAUGGACACGUGUACAUCUAUGACACGGUUGUCACUAACGCAGGCAACGCCUAUAAUCACCAUACCGGAGUCUUCACUGCGCCACGUCAAGGACUCUACGCAUUUUCAUGGACAAUUUUUGUCGCAGGGGAACACCUGGACGGCGAGACUGGUCAAUUUGGAGAAGUGACAGUGCACUUAGUUCAAAAUGGGCAGUAUCGCGGGUCCGUAUACGCAGACACUGAAACUAACUACGAAGAAGAAAUGUCCACAGGAUUCGCCAUUUUAUCAUUAGAUGCAGGUGACGUAGUAAUGGUUACGACACCAAGUGGGGCUCAAGGGUCAUACCGAAGCGACACCCUUGGAAGAUGGUCAUUCUCAGGUUUCCGCGUGGCUUAACGUAAAAUAAGAUUUGCAAUAAAAGUCUCCCACAAACA